AUGGCGCAGGCGCUCAGGGUCCCCCUGGAGUUCGUCGACGUCAGCGGCAGGAGCGGGUCGCCUGGAGACGCGGUGGUGUCGGCUGUGUCUGCCGGCGAGGCGCACGUCGGCGCCGCCGGGGUGUACCAGACGCCGGAGCGCCUCAGGGCCGCCGCCUUCACCGCGCCGCACUCCGUAGACUGCGCCGUCUUCCUCUCGCUCGCCACAGCCGCCCUGCCCAGGUACCGCGCCAUCCUAGGCCCCUUCGACUGGAGCGUGUGGCUGGCGCUCACAGUGGUCUACCUGCUGGCCAUCUUCCCACUGGCCUUCUCCAACACACACUCGCUGCGGCACCUGCUGGAGGACCCCUGGGAGCUGGAGAACAUGUUCUGGUACGUGUUCGGCACCUUCACCAACGCCUUCACCUUCACCGGCCGCCGCUGCUGGAGCAACUCCACCAAAAACGCCACCAGGAUGCUCAUUGGCUGGUACUGGGUGUUCAGCAUCAUCAUCACGGCGUGCUACACGGGCUCCAUCAUCGCCUUCGUGACGCUGCCAGUCUACCCGUCCCUGCUGAACACGUGUCAGCAGGCGGCUGAUUGGGGGUUCACCGUCGGCACGCUGGGAGAGGGCGGCUGGGAGCGCUGGUUCCACAACUCGUCGGACGCGGCCAUGAACCGCGUGCUGGAGCGCGUCGAGCUGCUGCCCGACGUGCACGCCGCGCUGCUCAACGUCACCUCCAGCUGGCGCCGCUCCUACGCCUUCCUGGGGCCGCGGGCGCUGCUCGACUUCAUCAUCAGGACCAACUACAGCGUCAGGUCAGCUCCCAAGCGGUCUCUGCUGCACGUGGGCGACGACUGCGUGGUGCCGUUCAGCGUGUCGCUGGCGCUGCCGCGGUCGGCGCCGUACGCCCCCGCGCUGGUGCAGCUGCUGCUGAGGGCGCAGCAGAGCGGCCUCGUCGCGCUCGCAGCCCGCGACGUCGAGUGGCAGCACGUGCGCUCCAGCUCCGGGCGCCUGCUCGCCGCGGUGACAGGCGCUAUACUGAAGAGCCGCAGGGAUGCGGAACACAAGCUGUCGCUGGACGACGUGCAGGGGACGUUUCUGCUGCUGGGUGCGGGCUUCGCAAUGGGCGUGUUCGCGCUGGUGGUGGAAACUAAAUGGAUGCUGGCCGUCAUCCCUCGAAAGUUCUCAGACUACAGACUAACUGAUGAGUGACCCCCCACGUGUCCGACCACUCGAGUACUUGUUGUAGGUGCCUCCUCGAAGCGCUUGAAAACAGUCUCUUCAAAUGCACCAUCCCAUCGUGUUCGAGGUCUUCCAGCAUCACCAAAAAAUGGUUCAAAUGGCUGUGAGCACUAUGGGACUUAACUUCUGUGGUCAUCAGUCCCCUAGAACUUAGAACUACUUAAACCUAACUAACCUAAGGACAUCACACACAUCCAUGCCCGAGGCAGGAUUCGAACCUGCAACCGUAGCAGUCCCGCGGUUCCGGACUGCGCGCCUAGAACCACUAGACCACCGCGGCCGGCCAGCAUCACCAUGAUAUCCCGCUAACAAACCUGUUUCGCCAAGUCGCCGGUGAAUUCUCCGUUUGGGGACUGGGUGUUGUCUUGUCCUCUUCAUCAUUUCAUCCUCAUUACCAGCGCCCAAGUCGCCGAAUGUGGCGUCGACUAAAAUAAGAUUUGCACACGGCGCCUUCCCCGCAUGGGGCCUCCCAGCCAACAAUGCCAUACGCUUUUUUUUUAUUGCUGUAAACGUUUGCGGUUGUGGGUGGCAUCAGGCUUCAUACGCAUUACCGUCGGCUAGUCCAUAAACAAAAACCAUAUCUCGUUGUUCUUCAAACGAAUACUGUGCCACCAUGCUUACUGUAUGACUAAAUUGCCGGUGACGUGUGUGUGCUCCGAAGCGAAGCUUGCGUGUGACUGCCUCUAACGUGAGGUGGAGACAAACAGCAAGACCUAUCCGACACGUGUGUGUAUCACAUUGGGGCAGUGACGGGGCGAGGGACGUUUGUGUGUGUGAACCGACAACCUUGGCGCUGCCCGUCAAUCGACGAACGGCAACACGGCGCAUGGCGCCAAAUUUCCGUAGUUUAAAAAUGGUGCGUUGUCGACCUACACAACAUUAGUAAUUUUGGUUCCUACUAGCAUCAGCUAUCCAGGGUUAAAAGUUUGUGACACAAUUUUCCUGCACCCUGUGUAGUAGCUAUUCUGCGUGAUAUGGAUUCGACCGAUAGGUUCCUGGAGAUAUGUGGCUCCAGACAGGUCGUGAAAUUCCCGUAAAUUGCGGGCUAGUGGUUUGUGGUUUCCGAUAUUGUCAUAGGUGUGUUUCAUCAGGUUCAUCAGUUACUUUAAUAUCAUGAGGGCUGUAGCAAAAUUCUGGGCUAGUGUUAUCUUGCUGGAAGAUGCCGUCGCCAUCAGGGAAGACAUAAGGCAUGAAGGGAUGCAGGUGGUCCGCAACAAUGUUCACUUAAUCCAUAGCUGUCACUGUGCCUUCGAUCACUUCCACAGGUCAUAUGUAAUUCCAGGUGAAUGUUCUCCAUAGCACAAUGCUGCUCUGCCUAGACUUUGCCGUCACACGGAGCAUGUUUCGCUUCAACGACAGCGUAUUCAGACACGAUAAACGUGAUUCAUCCGACCAAGUGACAUUUCCAUUGAUCCGCCACCCAAUAUUGAUGAUAUGGGAGCAAGAAAAUUGGAAAUUUGCGGUAAGGUCUUGUGGGAUCAAACUGCUGAGACUAUCGGUCGCUAAGCUUACGUACUACUGAAUCUGACUUAAACUACCUUACGCUAAGGACGACACACACACCCAUGCCCGAGGGAGGACUCGAACCUCCGACGGGGGGAGCCGCGCGGGGCGUGACAAGACGCCUCAGACCGCGCAGCUGGGAACAGGUAAGGUUCGUGUACUCCAGAGCCCCAUGUUCAGCAAUGUGCACUGAGCAGUGUACUUCGGAACACUUGCGCCGGCAACAACUUUCUACUCUGUUGUCAGAUCUGCUCCAGGUCGCCGUCUAUCCUGCUUGAAAGAGCGGGCGAGCCUUAAACCUCCACGUUCUAUGACAACGUGAAACACCUAGUCGUUUGCACAAGGUUUCACCGUCCUUCAACCACUUUCCAUUGACGCUCACGACAAUAGCAUGCGAACAGUAGAUCAGCUUCGCCUUUUCCGAAAUGCUCGUUCCCAGCGAGUUUUGUAAAAGUCGCUUAUGUCUGUGGAUUUCCCCAUUUGUGGCCCGCAUCGACGCUAGAAUGAUUUCCUAUUCGUCUCAGCCGCGCGGGGUAGCACAACUGUAGAUGAUGAUGAUGAUGAUGCUGUUUGAAUUGUGGGGCACGUUUGAAUUGUGGGGCACUCAAUUACACGGUUAUCAGCGCCCGUGCAAAUUCCCAACCUCUGCUCAGUCCACUUUCUCCACUUGCAUGAAUGAUGAUGAAAUGAUGAGGACAACACAAACUCCCAGUCAUCUCGAGGCAGGUGAAAAUCCCUGACUCCGCCGGGAAUCGACCCCGGGACCCCGUGCUUGGGAAGCGAGAACGCGACCGCGAGACCAGGAACUGCGGACACACAACGGUAGAGGCGCUAUCAGAAUAUAAUAUGGGAUCGUGGGUCCGCCUUGAUCCAAAACACUUUUGUUAUUUAUUUAUUCCCACAAACGAGUUUCAGUAUACUUACAGAACAUUGUUAAACAUUAUUAUAUGUGUAGUGUUUUCUUCCAAAUAUUCUUUCUGUGAAUAAUUUAGUAAUAACUUAUUUACUAUAUGUCACAUCAUGGAAACACAGACCAGUGGAAGAGUAUUAAGAUAAAAUUAUGGUCUCAAACAUAAAUUAUGGUGUGAUACUAAAUAAGAGCAAUAAAGCAAACACGUUCUAUGCUCUCUAGAACAAAUACAGAUUCCCA